AUGGACUCCAACAAAUAUCCCAGUUUUUUAGAAUACCAGGCUGAUGUCCAACCUGUUUUGGGGAAGGAGGAUUCACAAAGGCGGAUCCUUGAUCCAGUUAAUAUAACGUUACUCUGCCGGUUUCCACUUACUGUAUCACCAUCGAUAAAGACUUCUUCUGCUGUAGAAGAUAAUCAACCACAGUUUGUCAAUAAUAGAACUGGACAUAGACUGUCUGAAAUGCAUGCAAGUUCUGAAUAUGGAAAAGAUUAUGAAAACAAGUAUAAUCCUAUUAUGGACAAGCAAAGUCACAAAGAUAAAAGUCUAAUAUCAAGGUCAGAAUGCAAGAGAUCUUUUGCUGUGAAAUCAAGCCUUGAGAAAAAUCACCUUGAGAAGCAUCAGGGAAUGGAAACAGGAGAGAAUAUAUUUUCAUGUCCUGAAUGUGGAAAGUGUUUCAAGCAAAAACAUAAUCUUGAGAUCCAUCUGAGAAUUCACACAGGGGUGAAGCCAUAUUUAUGUUCAGAUUGUAAGAAGUGUUUUAGUACCAAAUCAAACCUUAAUAAACAUCUGAGAAUUCACAAAGGAGAGAAGAAAUUUUCAUGUCCUGAAUUGAAACAUCUAAGAACACACACAGGAGAGAAGCCAUUUUCAUGUCCUGAAUGUGAGAAGUGGUUUAGGUCUAAAGAACAGCUUGAGAUACAUCUGAGAAUUCACACUGGGGAGAAGCCAUAUUCAUGUUCAGAAUGUGAGAAAUGCUUUACUAAAAAAUCUAACCUUGAUGCACAUCUUAGAAUUCACACAGGCUUUAAAUCAUACAAUUACCAGACAUCUAUUAGCAUAUUGUCAAGAUCUGUGAAGUAA